AGUUGCCAGACGGCCAGCAUAGCCACCACCGACACAUCCGCCCAGGCCCGGAGUCACGCAGACGCGCAGGUGCAGACAGAGCCCCCCGAGCUGCUGGAUGGGCAGUCUCUGUCCCAGCAGGACACCCCCCGGCUCGCAGCCUUUCUUCAGAGGGUGGAGGCCAUGGUCAUCCGCGAGCUGAACAAGAACUGGCAGAGCCACGCGUUUGAUGGCUUCGAGGUGAACUGGACCGAGCAGCAGCAGACGGUGUCCUGUCUGCACACCCUGGGCUACCCUCCAGCCCAGGGGCAGGGUCUGCAUGUGACCAGCGUGUCCUGGAACUCCACCGGCUCUGUGGUGGCCUGUGCCUAUGGCCGGCUGGACGACGGGGACUGGAGCACACUCAAGGCCUUUGUGUGCGCCUGGAACCUGGACCGGCGAGACCUGAACCCCCGGCAGCCGUCGGCGGUGCUGGAGGUGCCCAGCGCCGUGCUGUGCCUGGCCUUCCACCCCACGCAGCCCUCCCACGUCGCAGGAGGGCUGUACAGUGGCGAGGUGCUGGUGUGGGACCUGAGCCGCGCUGAGGACCCGCUGCUCUGGCGCACGGGUCUGACCGAGGACUCCCACACGGACCCCGUGUACCAGGUCAGAGCUGGGGCGGGCGGGGCCUGCGACGUGCAGCUGUUCGACCUCCGGAAGAGCUCCCAGAAGCCCACGGCGUCCAUCCGGCAGACCCAGGACGGAAGCCCAGUCUACUGCCUGGAAUUCAACAGCCGGCAGACCCAGCUCCUGGCUGCGGGGGACGCCAGGGGCACGGUGCGGGUGUGGCGGCUGAGCACGGAGUUCACGGCGCAGGGGCCCCGGGAAGCCCAGGAGUUGGACCGGCUGGCCGCAGAGGGGGCCGCCUGAGGCUCCGGGAGGCCGGGCCGGGCCGGGCUCUCCCCGCGAGCUUGUUUCUGACCGAGCUGAAUGAAGGCAAGG